AACUUGGAACUUGGAACUGAAACUGAUGGAAAUUGGUUAGGCAGGCGGUAAUGCAAUAUUGCAAUGUGGAUAAGAGGCGUGGUGAACUUAUGAGGGUGAAACCGUGAAAAGCCCAAAAUUUGAAUUGAAAGUACAAAGACAUAAGGGGUGGAACCCACAAAUCAGAGCUCUCCCUUUCAAAUUGAUGGUGAGAAACGACAUUCAGUACAGUUCAAUGUGCGUGACACUAAGAAAGGGAAAACAGAGGACACUAUGCGAUCCAAGGAACUAAAGCUUAACAAAAAUAUGAUAUAUAAAAUGGUUAGACUUUAGAGGUGUUAAAUAACUUAAUAACGACGUGGUUUUUCACUGGGAGCUGCUCGAAACCUGGUUAUCCCCACUUGACCUUUCUGCUCCUUCUCUCUCGACAUUCACCACCACCAUCCCCCACAAAAUUUUGAUACAAAAGAGAGAGGAGAAACAGUAUCGUUAUUGUUAGCUCUGCGAAUGCUUCUUGCUUUCUUUCCUGGACAAUGGUUGACUACGUCUGUUUUUUCAACAAGGAUACACUGGUCAUAAAGACUCCUAAGAAAUCUCCACUAUUAUUGACGAUGGUGGUGUUGGUUUUUGCCAUGGUUUGUGGGGUUUAUAUUUGCGCCAUAUGUCUAAAGCAAACAAGCAACAACACAAAAGCCAAGUUCUUGAAGUUCCAAGUAAUAAACCAGGCCUCUCCUUCUUUUGGCAUUGAGCCGUGGGAGAUUCCCUAUGUGCAUUACCCAAAACCCAAAACCCAUAGCAGGGAGGAAUGUGUGUGUAAUGGGGUCCGCUAUUUUGCCAUCUUGUCUAUGCAAAGAUCCGGGAGUGGAUGGUUUGAGACAUUGUUAAAUAGUCAUAUUAAUGUAAGCUCAAAUGGAGAAAUAUUUUCGAUUGGAAAUAGAAGGAAUAAUAUUUCUUCAAUUCUGAGUACAAUGGAUAAAGUAUAUAACCUGGACUGGUUCAGUAGUGCUUCCAAGAAUGAGUGCUUGGCUGCAGUUGGCUUCAAAUGGAUGCUUAAUCAGGGUUUGAUGGAACAUCAUAAAGAUAUAGUAAAGUACUUCAAGAAUAAAGGUGUUUCUGCAAUAUUUCUCUUCCGUAGAAAUCUGCUCCGAAGAAUGAUAUCUGUGCUUGCAAAUUCGUAUGACAGGGAUGCCAAGCUUUUAAAUGGAACCCACAAGUCCCAUGUGCAUUCAACAGAGGAGGCUCAGAUACUUGCAAAAUACAAACCUACUGUCAAUGCCACUCUACUGCUGCCUGAUCUGAAGGAAGCAGAGGAAACAAUCACCAAGGCUUUAGAAUACUUCAAAAGCACUAGACAUAUUGUUCUUUACUAUGAGGAUCUGAUCAACAACCGGACUAAACUUAAAGAUGUUCAAGAGUUCCUGAGGUUGCCAUAUAGGGACCUUAGCAGCCGUCAGGUUAAGAUACACAGUGGGAACUUGCCAAAGCAAGUUGGGAACUGGGAUGAUGUCCAAAAGGCACUUAAGGGAACAUCGUAUGAGGGAAUGCUCCAUGCAGACUAUCAAAUGUAGUUUGCAGCAGCAGUUGAAGCGAUGUAAAUAACAGCCUCAAAAUUAAUUUUGCCAAAAGAAGGAAAUAGAAGUCAUUAAGAGUUUUGGCUGCCCCAAGGGUUGGAUGCUGCCGUCUUCUUUGAUUAGUUCUUUAUUGACCCUUGCUUCUCACAUGUUUACCUGUUCUGUACUGAUUAGGGUGCACCACUGCAGAAUGUGUUAUUUCACAGUAGACACAUUCCUCUAGUGCACAAAUUUUUCUUGUUCUUAUAUGAAAGAAACCAAGGAGGGAGUCAGUUGUGUGUAACUUAUUUCCCACUCGUUUAAUUGAGCAACCAAAUUCCAAGUGUAACCGUAUUGAUAAUUGCUCUAACAAUUAAGGUCCCAGCAUAUACCAUUUUCAAGGGAACAGCUGAACCUGCAAACUGUAUGAUUUAACUGAUGUUUCUGUUCAUGUUAUUCCAUAUGGUGCUUCAAUAAAAUGUGCUUACAUUAA